AGAAAGAAAGAAAGAGAAAGAGAGCUUCCUCUUUUUGAGACUAAACUCUCUUUUCUCUUUUCUCUUUCUAUCUCUCAGACUCCCAAAGCUUUCUUUACCCACAUCAUAAAAAUGCAGGCAUGACCUCUCUGUCUCUCCCACUACCACACUCACACUCACUUUUUCCAUUUCUCUCAUUCCCAAACAAGACUCUUUCUUUCUUCUUCUUCUUCUUCUUCACUGUUCCAAAACGCUUAAUAAUUAUCUAAUAAUGGGUCUGAUCGAUCUGAACACCACGGAGGAAGACGAAACGCCGUCGUCGGGGUCGUCCUCAACAACUUCAUCGUCGUUCUCCGUAGUCGGGUUGAACACCAGUGUCGGGUCGGGUUCGAAUUUGGUGUUGGGUGCAUCAGCAUCAGCGUCAGCACCAGGUUCGGCUUCGUCUGCGGUGUGUUUGGAGCUAUGGCACGCGUGUGCGGGCCCACUGAUAUCUCUGCCGAAGAAAGGUAGUGUGGUGGUGUACUUCCCUCAGGGUCAGUUGGAACAGCUUCCGGAUUUCUCGCUCGCACCUGCCUACACUGAUGAUGUCCCUCCCCACGUGUUCUGUCGCGUCCUCGAUGUCAAGCUCCAUGCGGAGGAGGGGACUGAUGAAGUCUAUGCACAGGUUUCACUGGUUCCUGAAAGUGAGCAAUUCGAGCAGAAACUGCAAGAAGGGGAAGUUGAUGUAGAUGGUGAAGAAGAGGAUGUUGAAGUAGCUGCGAAUUCAUCUACACCCCACAUGUUCUGUAAGACCCUUACUGCUUCUGAUACUAGUACUCAUGGAGGCUUCUCUGUCCCUCGUCGAGCUGCUGAGGACUGUUUCCCUCCCCUGGACUAUAAGCAACAGCGGCCAUCGCAAGAGCUUGUGGCAAAGGAUCUGCAUGGUGUGGAAUGGAAGUUUCGACAUAUCUACCGGGGGCAGCCACGCAGGCAUUUGCUCACUACUGGGUGGAGUGCUUUUGUAAACAAGAAGAAGCUUGUUUCUGGAGAUGCUGUGCUCUUUCUUAGGGGUGAGGAUGGAGAAUUGCGACUUGGAGUCAGAAGAGCUGUUCAAGUUAAAGGUGGUGCUACUUUCUCAGCACUCUGUAGCCAGCAGAUGAAUCAAAGCUCUCUCAUGGAGGUGGUUAAUGCCAUAUCCCUGAGAGGUCCAUUCAACAUUUACUACAAUCCAAGCAUAUCUAGUAGGCCCAGCUCAUCAGAAUUCAUAAUUCCUCUUCGUAAAUUCUUGAAGAGUGCGGACCAUUCAUUUUCAGUUGGAAUGAGGUUCAAAAUGCGUUUUGAAGCAGAAGAUGCCGCAGAGAGAAGAUACACUGGGUUUAUAACUGGAAUUAGCGAUGCGGAUCCUGUUAGAUGGCCUGGUUCAAAAUGGAGAUGCCUACUGGUACGGUGGGAUGAUAUAGAGACCAGGCAUAACAGGGUCUCUCCAUGGGAAAUUGAGCCAUCUGGUUCUCUUUCCAGUUCCAGUAGCUUGAUGGCAUCUGGUUCAAAGAGGACCAGGAUCGGUUUGCCUUCAGCAAAACUGGAAUUUCCAGUUCCUAAUGGGAUUGGAGCAUCAGACUUUGGGGAAUCUUCAAGGUUCCAGAAGGUCUUGCAAGGUCAAGAAAUUUUGGGUUUUUCCCAUUAUGAUGGUAUUGAUACUCAGAACCAUCGUCCAUCUGAAACAAGGAGGUGUUUUCCUGGUUCAAAUGGUUCUGUGAUUGCUGGAAUGGGAGAUGGUGUUAGAAACCCAGUUGUGAAUUCUGAUCUCUCCUAUAAAGGCACAGGCUUUGGUGAAUCUUUCCAAUUCCGUAAGGUCUUGCAAGGUCAAGAAAUUUUUCCAAGCUCUCCAUAUGGAAGAGCUCCAGCCACAAAUGAGGCUCAUGACAAUGGUAGCCUAGGAAUCUUUGAUGGUGUUAAAGUGCCGAACUCACGGAAGGGAUGGUCUGCCAUGAUGCAGGGCAAUAAUGCCUAUAUGCACCCAUCUGCCCCAUCUAUGCAAGUUUCAUCUCCAUCUUCUGUGUUAAUGUUCCAGCAGGCAAUUAAUCCCAUUUCAAACUUAAGUGCAGUGUAUAAUUUCAAUAAUAUGGAGGAGCAGAGAAUUAGUAACCGAAAUUUGCUUGUUUCUGAAACAAUUGGUGGUAAGCUCACACCAUCCUCACACUCUGGUCACAGCUUCUGUAAGAAAGAUCAGGGAGGCAUGAAUUCUUCUGGUUUCGAGCAUAAUCAACUGGGUAUUUCACUUCCUCCUUUUGCAAACCGAUCCACAUUUGGGGGCAGUGAAGAUCUAGUUUCCUCAUGUAAAAGUAGCUGCAGACUCUUUGGGUUUUCACUGACGGAGGAAAAAGAUGCUGCAAAUACAGAGGACAACCCCACUCCAGUUUCCUUGUCAUUGAAUCCUGGUGCUUCUUAUUUGCCAACAUGUUGGGGAACAGUUCCAUCCAAAGCCUCUGUUGAUGACACAGGCUAUUGGAAGCAAUUCUACCAAAGGAACUCCGCAAUAUUGUCUCAAGAACUAUGAUAUGUACUGAAGAUUUGAGUAGCUGAGGUUGCAGGAGAGAAUGCAUAUUGUUGCUCAGAUUAUGUGUGCUGCCACUAUUGUAACUUAGCUUUUGAGGAGAAAAUUGUAAUUAUUCCCUCUUAGGUAAAUUGAAUAGUAUCUCUACUUUAAGAACAGUUUGUAUUAAUCUAUUAGGUUUCUUGUCAUCUUCCCCGUUGUCUGUUCUAACUUAUCAAAUUCUACCCAAUUCAAAAUUGUUAUAGCAAUUGUAAUUGGCCUAUAUUUAUCAAGUUCAUUCUCUCUGCAUGAUUUUAAGUU